CAGUCAAGCUUUAAACGUCAAACGCAACCAAAAGCGAAGAGUGUUGUUUUGUUUUCCUACCAAACCGGACGGGAGUUUUGUUUGUUCUGAGCUGUGCCAAACCCGGUGGAAACGGUCAUGGAUACCGUGAAGGGACAGCGUGAACACUGCCUGACUUGCUUCGAAAAUGCGACGGAGAGCGGCUUGCUGGCCAGCGAACCGACAGUCGGUAAUAUCGUCAAGCAGCAUUUCUGGUUCACGGAACCGCAACUGAGGGAAGCUAUUGUGUGUAUGAAGUGUUGGAUCCACAUCGAUGCGUUUCACACAUUUUACGUGUCGGUGGAAAAGCUUUACGAAGAAUCUGAGCGGACGCUGAAGCAGAACGAGGAAAGGGUUGUACGACCGGAAUUGUUGCUGGUUGACGUCGAUGAUGACUUAAUGGAAAUUAAAGAAGAAAUAGAUAGUGAGAGGGAAGGUUCAGCGGGUGAGGAAAAUGCUUUACCGGAAAUUGAGAGUUCAGUGCUGGAAGUGUUGGACGAAGGGACAACGGAUAUUGUUAAGGAGGAGCUGGAUUAUGGGUCAGAUGAGGAAGAAGAGGUGUCUGAGUCGGAUGCGCAAGGCGAAAGUAGUCGCAGCCAGGAUGAUCCCGAUGAUUUUAUCAGGAAGCAUAUUAUACUGUCGUGCGAACAUUGUGAUGCAACGGAUCUCACAUUUAAGGAGUUGUUUGUUCAUGUUGAGAAAGUGCACGGCAUCAAGAUCACUUCGGUCAAUUGCUGUGGAACGAAAUUUCACACCCGCAUUAGAUUGUUCGAACAUGUCCAGUAUGUGUUCGAUCCGGACGCCUUCAAAUGCAAGCAAUGUGAUUAUGUUUGCAGUAAUGGGAUAAAUUUGAAGCGGCAUCUUCGAGUGCAGCACAGGGAGGACAUUCCGAUCCGGCCGUACAACAAUGCGAAUCGUCUGAUGAAGCUAAAAACCGGAGUGUUUACCAAGUCUGAAGAGCAGUUGAAGAAGGCAGCCGAGGUGGAGGAACGGCGCCAGAAGCGCCAGCGGGAGGACAAACUAAUGCUGGAACACGUGAAGUUUGAGUGCGUCCCUUGCGGGCUGAGUGUCAGCACCUUUGGAGAGCUGUUCAGUCACUAUCGGGCGGAGCACAAGCGUAAACCGGUCGUCACCUGUUGCGGUAAUCGGUUCAAUUCGAGACAGCGGCUGUUGCAACACGUGCAGUCGCUUAACAAUCCGAUCGCGUUUCGGUGUGAGAUGUGUUUCCGCUGCUUUCGGAACGAGUAUGCCAAGAACAAGCACAAGUUCGAGAUGCAUCCGACCGAGGAAGAUCUGAAGUACAAGUGCGAUCGCUGCCCGAAGGUGUUCGUGCGGGAGCUGAAGUACAAGCGGCACAUGCAGGAUCACGAGGACUGUGACAAUCAGCGGAUUAAAUGCGACGAGUGCGGCAAAAUGUUCAAAAGCCACCACAUCCUGUACAUGCACGUCCGCAAGAAACACCGGGAGCCCCAGUUCGUGUGCGAUAUCUGCGCCAAAGCCUUCCACCUGCAGUCGGAGUUCAAGCGGCACAAAAUCGAGCACGAAAAUCCGGACCAACUUAAAAUGCAGUGUCAGCACUGUCUGCGAUGGUUCAAAAACCGAGAGUAUUGGCGGGCCCACGUCCGAAUGCACGUCGUCGGUGAGGUGAAGUGCGAUCUGUGCGGCCGAAUGUCCCCGAAUCUGCGAGCCCACCGGGCUCACGUUAAAAACGCGCAUGGCGUACGGAAUAAAAAGUGCAACUGGUGCGGCAAGUGCUUCAACAAGGACAUCAACCUGCGAGAGCAUGUCGCUUCGCGACAUACCGGUGAUAUGCUGUACACGUGCAGCUUCUGUCCGAAAACUUUCAACUCGAACGCCAACAUGCACUCCCAUCGGAAAAAGAUGCACCCGGUGGAGUGGCUUGCGAUGCGGGAAAGUGCUGCCGAAGCGCAGAUGCCAGCGGGGGCGUUGGGUCCACGAGUCACCUAUUCGAUGGCCACGGAAGCCACGAGUGAAUGUAAUUAAAACUACUUACCCUUAUCACAGAGUGAAUAAAUGACUAAAUGUAUUAAACUCGUCCUUCUUUUGCCAUAAAUAAUGUCCUAGCGAUAAUCGGGUCCAUUAAGCUAGGGGACGACCGCAUUCCACCGCGGUGCUGUACGAUUCGAGCACCCGAGUGAGAAACCUGUUGCCUUGCUCUCGCAGAUGAAACAAAAAACAACCGAUAACGGUAGGAUGAGUUUCGCGAAUAAUUCAUUCGUGGCUGUGCGUUGAAAUGUCAAACGGUUAUCGCGCGCGUAGUUCAGUGUUAAAAGCGACCCGCUGCGCGGUCUGAAUGGAAUCUUUUUCGUAUCGAAACAGGAUCCAACCGUGCUGAGCUUCGCAUGCGAAGAAGUGUUGACUUGAAACGACUCACCGAUGGGAGAAUUGCUCAAGGUCGAAAAUAAAUUGAAACUAGAAAUGG